UAGGAACCCCCGCGGGACGCGGAGCGGCUCGGCAGAGGCACCGCGGCGUUCGCCGGGAGGCCCCGGGGGCCGUCGGACGCGCGCCUCGCCUCCAGCCAUGGGGUCGGCGGCGUUGGAGAUCCUCGGCUUGGUGCUGUGCCUGGUGGGCUGGGUGGGCUUGAUCCUGGCGUGUGGACUGCCCAUGUGGCAGGUGACCGCGUUCUUGGACCACAACAUCGUGACGGCGCAGACCGCCUGGAAAGGGCUGUGGAUGUCGUGCGUGGUGCAGAGCACCGGGCAGAUGCAGUGCAAGGUGUACGACUCGGUGCUGGCGCUGAGCCCCGAGGUGCAGGCGGCGCGCGCGCUCACCGUGGGCGCCGUGCUGCUGGCGCUCGUCGCGCUCUUCGUGAGCCUGGCGGGCGCGCAGUGCACCAACUGCGUGUCGCCGGGCCCCAGCAAGGCGCGCUUGGCCCUCACGGGCGGCGUGCUCUACGCGGUCUGCGGGCUGCUGGCGCUCGUGCCGCUUUGCUGGUUCGCCAACAUCGUGGUCCGCGAGUUCUACGACCCGACCAUCCCCGUGUCGCAGAAGUACGAGCUGGGAGCUGCUCUGUACAUCGGCUGGGCGGCGUCGGCGCUGCUCAUGUGCGGCGGCGGCAUCAUGUGCUGCGGCGCCUGGGUCUGCACCGGCCGGCCUGACCUCGGCUUCCCGGUGAAGUACUCAGCGCCGCCUCGACGGCCCGCAGCCAGCGCCGACUACGACAAGAAGAACUACGUCUGAGGGCGCCGGGAACGGCGGGAGUCCUCGCGCCGGCCGCGCGCCUGCGAACCGGAGGACUGGCUGGGGGAACCUUUCAUGGACCCAGGUCUCCGCUGGAGCGCGCCGCCCUGCGCACGGGCUCGGCGGAAGGCUCAGCUGUGCCUGGACGCUGCUCCUAGCCGGGACUGACCAGCCCCCUGCUCGCGGCCCAUUCUUUCAAAAUGUCACCCACGGGAUCCUGGGCCGCCCCCUGUCCGGAGCAAGUGACACACACUUGGCAGGACCUGCUUGGUUUCUCUGUGCCAACUGCUGGCUCCGAAGAGGAGGGUGGGGCACAGGUCCAGUGGCCCCGUAGGAUGGAAGAUGCCGCUUCUCAGCCUAACCCUAGGGAAAGUGGAUGAUCAAGUACAUCCCAGCAGCUUCUGCUGCUUCUAGAAGGACAGGAGCUGAGGGUCGGGCUCUCUGGGCUUUGGGAUACAUUUGCAGCCGAUGCUGACCCUCAUCAUCAGCAGGACCUGAGUCCGAGAGAACCGACACUUGGCUUGAACCUCUCGGCCUCACCCUAGCAAGCUCCCAGGCCAGGCUUAUGAACACCAGAUCCUGGGAGUGGGGCUGGGGCACUGUGCUCCGGCACAGCUUGCGGGGGAGGGAGAGGAUUUGCUUAGUAAAUGGCUUGAACACCUUC